CUGCUGUUGCUGCCGCCGCCUGGAAUCGUGGCAGACAGAGAGGAGCCGGUGUCAGACCGCCCGCCACAGGCACGAAUGGCUUCGACUUUGGUUGUGAACGUCUCCUGCCCGCCUUUGGAUGCAUUGCUGACUGUGGAACAUGUGAAAGAUUCCAUCAGUAUUUCUGUUGAAGAAGGCAAAGAGACUCUUUUGCGCGUCUCCAAGGAUGUGAUGUUUAAUGAUGUAAAUUCCAUUGUCCGCUACCUGGCCCGAGUGGAUACCAAAAGUAACCUGUAUGGCUCUAAUCUCCUUCAGCAUGCUGAGGUUGAUCACUGGUUGGAGUUCAGUGGCACAAGGCUAGCUGACUCAGCUCUGUUCCCUGACGCAGUACAAGAGCUUGAUUGUGCUCUAUCACUCAGGACAUUUCUGGUUGGAAACGGGUUGACCCUGGCUGAUCUGUGUGUGUGGGCAAAGUUGAAAGGAAGUACCCCUUAUCAAAAACAGCUAAGUCAGAACAAGGCACCAACACAUGUUAAGCGCUGGUACAACUUCCUUGGUUCACAGGACCCAUUUCAGUCUGUGGGUAAAAAAUGGGCAGCAGCAGCAGCAACAGCAGCACCACAGAACAGAGUGAGAAAUGAAAAGAAAGAGGAUCGUGGAAAGUUUGUGGAACUGCCUGGUGCAGAGGUUGGGAAAGUGAUAGUGAGGUUUCCACCAGAGGCCAGUGGUUAUUUACACAUUGGACAUGCCAAAGCUGCACUCUUGAAUCAGCACUACCAAGUGAGCUUUAAAGGCAAACUGAUCAUGAGGUUUGAUGACACAAAUCCUGAAAAAGAAAAGGAAGACUUUGAGAAGGUUAUCUUGGAAGAUAUUUCAAUGCUGCAGAUAAAACCAGACCGAUUCACUUACACCUCUGAUUACUUUGACACCAUAAUGAAUUUUGCUGAGAAGAUGAUCAAAGACGGGAACGCCUAUGUGGACAACACUCCUGCAGAACAAAUGAAGCAAGAGCGUGAACAGAGGGUUGAAUCUAAAAACCGGUCCAAUUCUGUGGAGAAAAACCUGCAGAUGUGGCAAGAGAUGAUUAAAGGAAGUGAAUUUGGACAGACCUGCUGUUUACGAGCGAAAAUUGACAUGGCCUCCAACAAUGGCUGUAUGAGAGAUCCCACUAUCUACCGAUGCAAGAUCGCACCACAUCCACGUACAGGGACGAAGUACAAAAUUUAUCCAAUCUAUGACUUUGCAUGCCCAAUAGUAGACAGUUUUGAAGAUGUCACACAUGCACUAAGGACGACUGAGUAUCAUGACCGAGAUGAGCAGUAUUAUUGGAUCAUUGAUGCGCUGGAGAUUCGGAAACCUUAUAUUUGGGAGUACAGCCGCCUUAACCUGAAUAAUACUGUACUAUCAAAGAGAAAGCUUACGUGGUUUGUCAAUGAGGGUCUAGUGGAUGGAUGGGAUGAUCCUCGCUUUCCGACAGUGCGUGGAGUCCUGCGAAGGGGGAUGACUGUUGAGGGGUUGAAACAGUUCAUUACUGCUCAGGGAGGCUCGAGGUCAGUUGUAAACAUGGAGUGGGACAAGAUCUGGGCCUUUAACAAAAAGGUCAUCGAUCCUGUGGCACCUCGCUACACUGCGAUAUUACAGGACCAAGUGGUACCUGUAAACAUACCAGGUACGCAGGAAGAAAUGAAGGAAGUGGCCAAACAUCCCAAGAAUCCUGAGGUGGGGGUGAAGCCAGUGUGGUAUGGAGCUAAAGUGCUUAUUGAGGGAGCAGAUGCAGAAACUUUCACGGAGGGAGAAAUGGUGACCUUUAUCAAUUGGGGCAACAUUAUUAUCACCAAAAUUAACAGAGACUCCAAAGGGAAAAUUGUGUCACUAAAUGCAAAAUUAAAUCUCGAGAAUAAGGAUUAUAAGAAGACAACAAAGAUCACAUGGCUGGUAGAGACUACACAAGCUCCAUGUAUCCCCACAAUCUGUGUUAACUAUGAACACCUUAUCAACAAGCCUGUCCUGGGCAAAGAUGAAAACUUCAAAGAUUACGUGAACCAAAAUAGCAAGCAAGAAGAACAAAUGCUGGGUGACCCCUGUUUGAAAGAAUUAAAAAAAGGAGAUAUCAUUCAACUACAGAGAAGAGGAUUCUUUAUCUGUGACCAGCCUUAUGAACCAGUCAGCCCUUACAGUUGCAAGGAAUCUCCAUGUGUUUUGAUUUACAUCCCUGAUGGUCACACUAAGGAAAUGCCAACCUCUGGCUCUAAGGAGAAAAGUAAGGCCGAUGCAACCAAGAAAGCGACUAAAACUGACUCUACGGCUAAGGUUGCAUCACCUGCUGUUGUUGCUAUCCCUCCCUCCACCUGUGACACCGUGGACCUUGUUUCACUUUACAACAAGGUGGCAGCACAAGGUGAGAUGGUACGAGAUCUUAAGAGCAAGAAAGCGCCCAGAGAGGAGGUGGAUACAGCAGUGAAAUCGCUGCUCGCAAUGAAGGCCGAGUAUAAACAGAAAGCUGGCAUGGAGUACAAGCCUGGGAACCUGCCCACACCUACUUCAAUCGUUGCAUCCACACCUACAAACGUAGAUUCCAGUUCAAACAAAAUGUUGCACAACAAAGUGUUUGAGCAAGGAGAGGUGCUCCGAAAGCUCAAAGCAGAUAAAGCCCCCAAGGAUAAAAUAGACAAAGCUUUAAAAUCUCUUCUAGCUUUGAAAGCCGAGUACAAGCAAAAGACUGGACAGGAAUAUAAACCUGGUAAUGUCCCAUCAUCAGCUUCAAGUGCCAUUUCUACUCCAGUAUCUUCAAAUGCAUUGGACAGCAAAGCUUUACAUGACAAUGUUGCCGAACAAGGAGAGAUUGUCCGAAAACUUAAGGCAGAAAAAGCUUCCAAGGAAACGAUUGACACAGCUGUCAAAAUACUCCUAGAUCUCAAGUCGCAGUUUAAGACUCUGAUGGGAACAGAUUACAAACCAACAGCAUCUGCUGACGACAAGAACAAAAACAAGAAAGAAAAACAGAACAAAUCAGAGAAGCAGAAUAAGUCUGAAAAGACUGAAGAGGGACAAAAAAAAGAUGCCACAAAAGAGUUGGACAAGGGAUCGGGUAACGGGGGGGCAGGAGAGGGGCAGGGACCCAAGAAACAAACCCGUUUGGGCCUGGAAGCUAAAAAGAUUGUCAAUCUAGCAGACUGGUAUUCACAGGUCAUUACAAAAGCAGAAAUGAUCGAGUAUUACGAUGUUAGCGGUUGCUAUGUUCUCCGACCAUGGUCAUACGCCAUCUGGGAAUCCAUCAAAGACUUCUUUGACCGGGAGAUCAAGAAACUUGGUGUGGAGAACUGCUAUUUCCCCAUGUUCGUGUCUCAGGCUGCACUUGAGAAGGAGAAGUCCCAUGUUGCAGACUUUGCACCGGAGGUUGCCUGGGUGACCAGAUCAGGAAAAACUGAGUUAGCAGAACCGAUUGCUGUUCGACCAACAAGUGAAACAGUCAUGUAUCCAGCCUAUGCUAAAUGGGUGCAGUCCCAUCGUGAUUUACCAAUUAAACUCAAUCAAUGGUGCAACGUUGUGCGCUGGGAAUUCAAGCACCCGCAACCAUUUCUACGCACACGUGAAUUCCUAUGGCAGGAAGGGCAUACAGCAUUUGCUACCCGUGAGGAGGCUGCAGAGGAGGUCUUGCAGAUUCUGGACCUCUAUGCACGAGUAUAUGAGGAACUGCUUGCAAUCCCAGUAGUAAAAGGAAGAAAGACCGAGAAAGAGAAAUUUGCAGGCGGUGAUUACACAACUACAGUGGAGGCAUUCGUAUCAGCCAGUGGAAGAGCCAUCCAGGGAGCCACUUCACACCAUUUGGGACAGAACUUUUCUAAGAUGUUUGAGAUUGUCUUCGAAGAUCCAAAGAAACCCGGGGAGAAACAAUUUGCAUACCAGAAUUCAUGGGGAAUUACAACCCGAACUAUUGGGGUUAUGACCAUGAUCCAUGGUGAUGACCAGGGAUUGGUGUUGCCCCCCCGAGUGGCUUGCGUGCAGGUUAUUGUGAUACCUUGUGGAAUUACAAACAGUCUCUCUGAAAUGGACAAAGAUUCCCUGAUGAAAAAGUGUGGUGAAUAUCUCGAUCGUCUGACUAAUGUUGGAAUCCGUGCUCGGACUGAUGUGAGAGACAACUAUUCUCCUGGCUGGAAGUUCAACCACUGGGAGUUGAAAGGUGUACCUAUCAGGGUAGAAAUUGGACCACGGGAUAUGAAGAAUCAUCAGUUUGUGGCUGUCAGGAGAGAUACUGGAGCUAAACUGUCAAUCCCAGAGGGUGAAGCGGAGACAAAACUAAAGGAAUUAUUAGAGGAAAUCUAUGACAAUCUUUAUAACAGAGCUGCUCAGGAUCUGAAGGAACACAUGGUUGUGGCUGACACAAUGGAACACUUUCAGGAAGAACUGGAUUCAGGAAAGAUUGUGCAGAUUCCUUUUUGUGGUGACAUUGACUGUGAAGAUUGGAUCAAGAAAACAACAGCAAGGGAUCAGGAUGUGGAGCCUGGUGCACCGUCCAUGGGAGCCAAAAGUCUCUGCAUCCCCUUCAACCCACUUUGUGACUUAAAGCCUGGAGCAACUUGCAUCAGUGGCAAGGAGCCUGCCAAAUACUACACACUCUUUGGCCGCAGUUACUAGUGAAAUUACAAAAUUGUCUUUAACUAUAAGUGUUUUUAUAGGACUAAUCAAUCACUGUUACUUUCACCCUUUUUGAGUAUUUUUAACAGAUAAUGAGAAAUAAACCAUAGAAAUAUCUAAGGACAAAACCCUGGGUCAGAAAUACAUCUGUGAAGAUCUGUUCUAUGUACACAACUGAAUAGAAAUAAAUCUGUAAUUAUGAAUAAAA